GACCAUCUGGCGUGUAGAUUUUGUCCCAAUAAGACACGAAUCUCGUCAUAAAGUCUUCAUCAGCACAGGUACAAUGAGCGACAACAAGGCCUUCAGUUCCGAGGGAGAACUCGGUGGUUACCCCAAGGGCAUCUCCUACACUCCAAAACCGGGAGUCUUCAUAGUCCAAGACAAUGUCAGAUAUCAAACCAAACCCAUGACGACGAAAAAUGACGUUACCAAGGCAACCCAUAUUGAUGCUGUCAAAAAUAAAAUAACCGAGAACAAAUCAACGAAUGACCAAAAUGAGGUUACCAUGACAACAAACAAACAAGGAAUCAAGGACGGAGAUGACUCCAAAGGGAAGAAGAUGAAUGCUGAGGAUCGGGAUCUCAGCGAAUCGCUGCUGGACAUUCAGUCUAACGGUAGUGCCAAAUUUGUCAUAGACCGACCAGUUUUCUCGCAGCAGAAAUUUGAUGAGGGAUUCGAACCCGGAACUCGCCCACAAAGCACUCUAAGACAGAGUUUAAGUAAAGCUAAAUCAAAAUGUCAAUGUUCCAGGAAUUGCUGUUUAAAAUUUCUAUAUGGGAUCUUUCCAUUUUUUGAUGUCCUUAAGGAGUACAAUGUAAAAAAGGACCUGUCCGGGGACAUUGUGUCGGGUCUAACAGUCGGGAUCAUGCAUAUUCCUCAAGGUAUGGCCUAUGGUAUGUUGACGGGUCUACCACCGGUAUACGGACUGUAUGCAUCCUUUUUUCCAACACUUGUCUACUUCUUCCUUGGGACAUCAAGGCAUGUUUCGAUGGGGACAUUUGCGGUGGCUAGUUUGAUGAUAGGAUCAGCGCUGGACAAACACAUGCCCGCCGGAGUCACCGCGUGUGCGCCGACUUUGGAACCAACUGAAGGAGUAAUGAUAAACGGAACAGAAAACAGCACUUUUAUAUUAAUGAACAGCUCUCUAGAAUCAAACGGUACCCAUGACUGGGUAAAGGGAUGCAUGACUGAAUACGAACUGGAGAUGAUUCGGCUUAAGUAUGCUAUGGCAAUCACCUUUGUGUCUGGAGCAAUUCAUCUGAUUAUGGGUCUGACACACCUGGGCUUCGUUACCACCUACCUGUCCGAUCCACUCGUCAGCGGCUUCACUACCGGGGCGGCCUGUCAUGUGUUUACAAGUCAGAUCAAACAUAUAUUUGGGAUAACAACUGGCCGAUACAGUGGAGCUUUUAAACUUGUAUAUACCUACAUAGAUUUCUUCAAGAACAUUCCGAUGACAAACCCAGUAACCAUAGGAACCUCACUAGUGUGUCUCGUAAUACUCUACUGUGUUAAAGAGUUCAUCAACAAUAACCCCAAAAUUAAACCGAAACUAAAGAUGCCAGUUCCCAUCGAACUUAUCGUGGUAAUCUUAGGAACCGUCAUAUCAUUAUUAGUGAAACUUAACGAAGAUCAUGAAGUCGAUAUCGUCGGUGACAUUCCUACAGGACUUCCAGCUCCAAAAACUCCAGAUUUGACGUUGGCACCUGAUGUGAUCGGUGAUACCUUUGCCUUGGCAAUUGUGGUGUUUGCUGUUUCAGUCUCAAUGGGGAAAAUUUUGUCAAAAAAUUAUGAAUAUGAGAUUGAUGCAAAUCAGGAGCUGCUAGCAUAUGCCGCCUGUAACAUCGUCAGUUCUUUCUUCUCCGCUUACACAAGUUCUGCAUCGUUGUCACGAAGUUUGGUGCAGGAACAUGUAGGGGGAAGAACUCAGAUUGCUGGUAUAUUUUCCUGUAUUCUCCUCCUGUUUGUACUGCUCCUCUUAGGACCCUACUUCAGUACUCUCCCUAAGGCGGUACUAGCAUCUAUCAUCAUUAUAGCCCUAAAGGGAAUGUUUAAACAGUUGUUGGAACUUCCAAAUUUGUGGAGAUUGUCAAAGAUAGAUUUUAUAAUCUGGAUCGUAACUUUCCUUGCCACGGCGGUGCUGGACGUCGACCUUGGUUUGAUGACCGGUGUAGGGGUAGCAAUACUGACCAUUGUAUACAGGGUUCAAAGGCCAUACUCCUGUUUACUGGGCCAGAUGCCUGAGACAGAUAUAUACAGGGAUGUGUCUGUAUAUAAAGAAGCUGUGGAGAUACCUGAUGUAAAAAUAUUCCGUUUUGAGAAUGCGUUAUUCUUUGUGAGUGUCGAUCACUUCCGCGGGCAGUUAUACAAGUUUACGACGAAUCCCAAACAACUACACAAGGAUAUUAAAGCUGCCAAAAUCAAGCUACUUAAGGAAAGAAAUGUAGAGUUCAGGGUCACCGAGGGAAACCUUGAAGAAUUAGCGAGUAACUACAGAGACGACCCAUCAAUACCCGGAGUCGACUUCUCCACAGUCAUCAUCGACUGUUCCAACUGGAGCUUUAUAGACUCCAUGGGAAUUAAAACCCUGAAAGCUGUGAUAAAUGAAUUCAAGGCUGUAGAUAUUAAAAUAUAUUUAACUUGCUGUAAAUCGGGUGUACGUGAAAUGUUUGAUAAGACAGGAUUCUUUGAUGUCUUAGCUACAGAAAAUCUAUUUGUGUCUAUACACGACGCAGUGUUACAAGCUAGACACCAGAAAUGGAUGAGUCGUAAGCCAAAGAACGGCUCGGCGAACAAUGAGUUGAUAGCAGGAGACAUAUCAGUUAGUAUAGGCGAGAUCGCUGAGGACGAUGAGACCGUAUCAAAGAAGGACUCCAAAACCAAUUUAUGAUGAAGUGGAAGAGCAUUAGUGUGUGUGUAGUGGAUGUUUUUAACAAAUUGCACAGAAACUGAUAUUUGAAGCACAGGUUGUCAUAGCAACAGAACCAGAAGCACUGGAUAUCAUAGCUACAGUAUACUUAAUUUAGCAUUGGUUGCUGUCACAACAAAACUUGAAGUCAUGGUCGUCAUAGCAACCAAACUGGUGCACUAGUUGUAAUAGCAACUUGACCAGGCCUUGAGGCUGACAAUAAAACUGAAGUUAUUCACAAAGUGUGAAUGUGUGCGUAAAUGGGUUAAGGAACAAGUAUUUUGUUACCCAGUUAUAGAUUAGAUAUAAUUAUUUGAGUCAUGGUCAGCCAAAUUAGUUAUUUGUGAUAGUUACAGAUACUGUGAUAAGCAAUUUACUCAUUGCUGAAACAGGUAUCUCAUUUCCAUAUGCCAGUAUACAUAGUAGUGUGUUACUUAAAUUUUACAUUGAGUUUAUCAAUAUUUUAUGUUCCAGUUGUUUGCCAUUUUUAUUUGUGAUAAUACAAUUUGAUUAUAAUGUACUUAAAAAUGAUAAUAAAAGAAAUACAAUUUGUUUGAUUGGGUAAAAGAAUUUUAAUAAUAACAGGUUAAAAUCAUUGUUUUAAUCACCAAUAUUAGAUUUGAUUUAAAAAAAAAAAAUAAUCAAACUAAGAAUUUGUCUUUGGUUGUAAGAAGUAAUGAACACAAUUUUAGAGACGGCCAUCCCCUGUCCCAAUGGUUAUUUUUGUUCCUUGCUAUAAAAUGCUGUAUUUGCUUUUGAGAAAAGAAACAUUCACAGUUGUCCAAAAAUUGUUGUAUAUUAAAUUUAUGUUAGCUGUGGACAGUUUCAUUUGUUACAGUUUGAAUAUUGAACAACAUAAAUAUAGUAUUGAUUUCAUCACUUGGAACAAGGAAACUUCUUUUGUAAAAGUUUUCUCCCUUGUCGAAGGCUUUCCAGUCUGUUAAAACUAGUUCUCCAAAAUCCCGACCAGUCAAAAGCAGGCAACAAUAUGUUGACAGGCUUCCAAUACUUUUGUUUCUGAAAUACCAAAAUGUGUAUUUUUUAUUCUAUUCAAAUUAUCCACUAAGCUAACUCCAAGAGAUUACACAACAAUUCUGCAUCUGUCUACUUGACAGCAGGGAGUCACAGUGUUGUGACUUUUUACUCAGUCAGUCAUGAGAAUGGGUGUUAGACAGUCAGUCAUGUGAAUGUUUUUGUAUUGUUUUACAGACCAUUGUAAGUUUAAGUUUGCUAGGCAAUCAAAGAUGUUUUUAAAUAAGACAUAUCAACAAAUAAAUGGCCCUCAAUUUAGAAAGAUGUUACAUAGAAGACAGUACUUUAUUGUAGCAUUCAUAUGAAAUCUACAUUUCAUUGAGUCAUUCAAUUAAUUCUGGUUUUAAAUGUUUGUUUAACUGGAGCUCUUUUGGAUAGUAUGCUUAUCAAAACAAGGUAGCAUGCACCCUUAAUAAGAUUCUUUUCAUUACAUCUUUAGGUAUUUAAAUCUAUUCUUAGAAAUGGAAAAUAUAUCAUGAAGGUCCCAAAAUUUAAUAAUAAUGUAUAUUAUUAAAAGUACAAAUAAAACUAUAAAUAAAUAUUGAUGGUAAGUAUAUGGCAUAUUGCAAGGGUAACACAUUUUGAGUACCAGGUAUAUAUAAAUGGCAUAUUGUAAGGGUAACAUUUUGAGUAUACAUGUAUGGCAUAUUGUAAGGGUAAAAGUCUAAAAAAAAAAUGUAAAAUACUGUUUUAAAGUGCAAUAUGUGGGAGACUAGUUUCCUCAAACUUUUACAAAUCAAAGGUUUUUUAUGAGACUCAUGAACUAUUACUAAAUUAAUUCUUUAAUCAAUUAUUUCAAUUAAUUCUUUUUAUUUUCUUCUCUUGUAAUACAUAACAUAAAGUAUAGCCAGAGUAAGAAAGGAAGGAUCUUAUCAUGAAACAAAUGACAAGAAAAUUCAAAAGAUUUCAAUUUUAUUUUCUAAUUAAAAUAAUUGAUUUAAAAUACACUUCUGAAGAGUAGUUAACAUUGUUUUCAUUUGUUGUUAAUUAAUGAAGGUUGAGUUUUUGUUUAAAAUUCUAAAAUUUCUUUGUUAAUUUUUAAAUGUGUGUAUGCGAGAAUGUAACGAAAAUGCAUUGUGUUGUCACUUUUAAUGGUAUUGUUUCAUCACUUGCAUUUUUUAUGACCUUGACUUUGGGUAUGUGUCAUAGUAAAAAGGGUUGGAAUCGAGUAGAAAAAUUUUAGCUAUGAUUAUAAUGUUGUAAAAUCAUCAUACAAUAAAAACAUAUAUUACCUACAUCAUGAAAAUAUAUAUAUUUAAAAUGGUGUUAGAUAUCUAGAUCAUUUUGAUUCUACAUAUAUUUUAUAAAAUAUGUGAUAUAUUUAAUAUUUUUACAAUUAUUUCUGAUGUGGACUGAUCACCUGAACGUAACCAGUACCUGUAAUCUUCCAUUAUCAAUCAUCCUGUUUAUUUUACCUUCACUUGUAUUUUAAUUAAAAUAGCCUAAACAGAGACCUAUAUAACAGUUAUAUUUUGAUCUCUAGUCUGUAUAAGGUUUCAUUUUUCUUUAUGGUCAUAUCCCAUGAAUUUGUCUACCGUAAUUAUCCUGAAAUAAGCCAAGGCAUGAGCUUAUUGUGUGGUAACUUGGUAGUGAACCACGUCAUCAGAUACACACCAUUGUCAUUCAGACACUUCAGCGUCACAAGAUUCAAAACUUGUUGGCAAUUUCUGUUUGUUUUUUCAUAAAUUAAUUGAUCAUUAACAAAAAUUCAUAUGUAAAUACCGUAACAUUAGAUUCAUUUCAUUCCAUUCCCUCAUUUACAUGUAACUCAAUCAUGAGUGUAAUCAGGUAUGUUAAUAUCUACUUGUGUCAAUCCUUAGAAUGCUUCAUCACAAAAUAUUGCCAGUUAUAUAUUUACAUUGUUUUAAUAUUGCUUAUAAGUUGAAAAAUAAUUUUAGAUUUAUAAUUCAAAAAAUUGCAUAGCACUCUAUACUCAAAGAGUGAUAUCUUUUUAAAAUCAUUUGACACAUUCUAAGAUUCUUUAAAAAAAACAAAAGAGAAAAAAAUGUUAAUAAUUGUGAGUUUUGAAAUUCCUUAAGAAAAUAGCCAGGCCUUGUUGAAGUUAUGACCUCAGUUCUAUAGUGUCUUUAUUUCUAUUGAGUUUUCAAUUUGUAAAAGCAAAACAAAUUAUAGGGACUUAAUUUUGCAUAAUUUCCCUAUACCACACUCCAUAUAUGAGUAUUAAAACAAUAAUAUCCAAUACACAUAAAUGGUCUUCUCCUUUAAAUAAUACAAUAAAGAAAUUAAAUUCAUCGGUUUUAUAAAACAAGAGUUCCGAGGAGUUACCUCCCUUUGUUUAAAUCAUAUUAUAUAUUUUAUACAAUCAGGUCCUAAUACAUGUACUAUUUAUUUUAAUGUGUCACAUUGCAUGAAUGUAAAUCUGCAGAGUAACAUGAAAAUCAGAGUUAACUGAAAAUCAGAGUUAGCUGAAAAUCAGAGUUUUAAUACCUGAAAAUCAGAGUUACCUAAAAAUGUACAUGUACAGUUUAAAUAAUCGCCUGGAACAAUUUAUAUGUGUGUAAAUGUGAAGAAGUGCUGUACUUAAUCAGUAUACUCACGUUAUAAGUACUAUUUAAGGACAGUGUUUAUUUGUGGGUAUAGUAUUUAUAAACUGUACAAACAUAUACGUAUUCUGUAUAUAAGGUUUUACCAACACACACAUAGUGCAUCAAAUGUUGAGUGACUUAUGCAAAAAUGCAAGAAAAUAUUAAAUUUGAGGUUUUUUAUAUUAAA